AAGUGGAAAUUGUGUUGACUUAAAUGUAUUUGGUUUACCAGUGCUUCUCUUCUCUCCAAGAAUAAAAGUGGCAAAGCACCAUUGCACCUGUUCCAAGUUCUUUCUAACUUUUUAGACUCUUCUUCUUGAAUUUCAGUUGGAUUUGGCUAGUGGUGAAGAAUUCAUUAUAAAUUUGCACUUGUUAUAGUUUUGAGAAACUUUUGUUUCUGGAUGGAACCUUUGAGCUGUGCUUUGGAAGGGAGAGGCCUUAUUUUUCCUGAUAAUGUUGAAUUGUCGGUCGACACGGUUUCGAGAAGUAGAAGUAUUGUAAAGGAAUGGAAUUUGAACCCUUUUUGUGAUGUUGAUAAAAGCAUUUGUGGUUUUAGUCAAGAAGUAACUGAAAGCACAGAGUUCCUGGGAUCAGGUAUUGCUGAUAUUUUGAAGAAAUCAGCAGCCAGUAACCCGUGUCCCGGGGUUUUAAGUGGUGAAAUGAGUGAUGGUUGUGGUAAAAUGCUAUCGUCAACUUCUAUGUUUAAUACAUUUGAACCGAUUCCUGGAGAAGUUGGACUUGGUGCCAUGUUUAACCAGAGGGCUACUAAAUCUAACAAUCCGAUGUCAUCAUUGAUUGAUUUGAAAUUGGAGGAGUUGACUGAUCAUGGAGAAUUAAGGACUAGUCAAUCUUCGAAAGAAAGUUCGAUACUUUCUUCUCCAGAAUCUUCAUUGGCAGCUGGAAAAGCCCAAACAAAGAGAUUGCAUUCUCAGUUUUCUAUCUCUCAGGUUCGUGGCCAGAAGGAGGUGGAGUCGACGACUGUUUAUAGGGAAAUUAAGAGUAAUCAGUCUUUAAAGAGAAACUCGGCUUUGUCUUCAGUCAAUUCGUCACUGCAGGGAAAAAGACUACGUACUACGAAUUUUCAUUCCGAGAUUCCUGUCUGCCAGGUUCAUGGUUGUAACAAGGACCUGAGCUCCUCAAAAGACUAUCACAAGAGACACAAAGUAUGCAAUGAACACUCAAAAACUGCUAUAGUCAUAGUUAAUGGGAUUGAGCAAAGGUUUUGUCAGCAGUGUAGCAGGUUUCACUUGCUAGCAGAAUUUGAUGAAGGUAAACGCAGCUGUCGCAAACGUCUUGCAGGCCAUAAUGAGCGGCGGAGAAAGCCUCAAUUCGAUACUCACUGGGGUUCAAGAUUUUUGGAUAUGACUUCCCAAAGGAGAGUACCAUUUCUUUUCCCCGAAAUCUUUCCCGGUAGCUUCUUUUAUCAAGAAAAUUAUGAAGAUAAUAACAACAGCAAGCACCUUAAAUUAGAACAUAAGCCAUUCGGCAUCUCUCAAUUGGCUAUGUCAGUAAAAAAUGAGCAAUUCCCAGCGAAAAGCAUCCAGCAUCAUUACGGAGUGAGAAAACAAGAUCCGUCCAAAGUUCUCACUGGUGGGGCAACAUUGUCUGUUCAAGAAUUUUCCGAAGGGCAAAACUCCUCUUGUGCUCUCUCUCUUCUGUCAGCCCACUCACAAAACCUUCUACACAAUUCAACGGAUGUUUCACCAACUCUACGUUUGACGGUUGAACCAAACCAUCAUGUCUACAUUAAAGGAGAUCAUCAUAAUCUUGAGAAAUCUCCCAGAGUUAGUGUUGCAAAUAGAUUGACACCAGUUGAGUUAUAUUCAUUUGACGUAGCCGAGCAAGAUGUGGUCGUUCAAGUUCCUGAUAGUGAUGCUGUUUCAUUUGGAAUUCAGAGAGAUCACGGCCAUGAUCAAAGAUCAAACUCUAUAAAUUCCAGGAACUGCCUUUCUCCGGAAUUUGGGCCUACCAUGGAUUUAGUGCAGUUGUCUUCGCACCUACAAAGGGUCGAGCAGCAGAAAAAUUCCGUCCAAGUGAAGCAGGAAAAUGAUAUCUUUUGUUCCUUUACUUCCACUUGAGGCUUAUAAGAGCUACAAGUCUGAAGGGUCAACAUCCGAAAUGAAGAAUCGGAAGAUUAUAUGAGGAGAUUAAACUAAUUCACAAGUGGCCUUUCCAACAAGUCAAAAGGCAAAGGCAGAUUAAUAAAUGAUUGAUAUCAGUACAUCUUUUGUAAGUGUCAGCCAUAGCUUUUCUAUUGCUUUCUUUACAUCAAUUGUUUUGUUUCAAUAUAUCCAUUUCGUCGAAACAGUGCUCUUAUUAUUUUAAUAGUUAGUGUUGUCUUUUAAGGAAUCUUGCAUCAUAUACUGAUGUUUAAGAAGAAAAUAGUAUCAGAAAUAUAACAUUUCUUGUGUGUAAUCUUAUGUAUAUCAUCUCUUUUGUGUUAGAUGGGACUGUAACAACCCCUUAAGUUUAUGAAAACAAUGGUAAUUUCCUUUG